GAGACAGUAGGGAAUGAAAGAGAACCAAGGGAAAACAGACGGGUUUGCAAUAUUUGUCACCCAGUGUAGUAGUAACGCAAGAGGGUGUUGUGUGCUGUUACCAACCGAAUCAUAGUUGUUGGAAACAGCUGUCUACUGUUUCACGUUUCAGUUCUCUAUACAAGCGAACAUAAUUAGGUUCGUGACCGUGUAAGCUUGGGCUUCUUUUUCUUACGUUCUAAUGUUAAACUUACUUUAGGCGUAAAUCAUUGCGGAAUGGAUUAUGAUAGCAAACUACCCGGUGUUUUUAAAUAAUAAAUCGACUAUGAUUUCAUUUCUGUGGGGAAAGAGUUUCAAAUGAAGUGUCAGAGAGUUCCUAGUAAUGAAUACCUUGUUGGCCAGUUUUUAUAGCUUUUGCGAUGAUCGGUGGUGUAAAUCAAAUCAAAUGUAAUGUAACCCCACCUCUCAUUCUUUUUUUACUAUGACUGCGAAAUGUGUUAGGGCGGCGGCAGCAGAUACGAUAUAUGGAUUACGGAAAUGCCACGUUAAGGAUAGUAUUAUAAGGCGUUCUCGAAAAAUCCCUGUCGAAGAAGACUGUAGCUACUACUUACAACUUCUGAUCCUUUUCGUGCAAUGUCGAAAGCUCGCGACAAGAAAUCAGUGAGAAAAACGAGCUGUUUAAUACAGUGAUGUCAUUUUUGACAACGGAACAGGAUAAGCGAAAGGGAGAAACUGACGUCGCACGAAAGAUUUUAUAUUGUAGAACCCGAUUCAGCCGAUAGAUGGAAGACCAGUGUGACGUCAGUAGCGUCUAGCAGCACGCACAGGAGUAUUGUUGUUUUUCUGUCGCAGGACUGUUUAGCCCCGUUUCAGUCAAAUCAAGUGUUUAAGUGGUUCUGUCUGUAAUGACAACAAUGUUUACACCUACAUGAAUUGCGAUGGAACUGCCUUAAUGAAAGUGUAACACAAAUUAGUGCUAAUAUGCCAUUAGGAAACGUUGACUGUGAAGGACACAUCUAAACUUGUAAGAUGCAAAUAAGUGGAAGUAGUUUAUGAACUGUGGUUACCACAAAUUGGUUGUUAUGAAAUGAAGUGUUUGAAAUCAAACAUCAAUGUAAAACGGUGUGACUGUGAUAAGUGAGUGUAGCAAUAAACAAGAUCUCUGGUCAUGGAAGAAUCUGAAUCCUUAGUGGUUGAUGUGGAUCCUCGUAUAAUUAAUUUUUCAGAAGAUAUAUCAUCCUGCGGCAUUGGUGAUGGGGCUAAAAAUAUUUUUCCAUGUAAGCGAUGUGACAGAUCAUUUCCUCUAGAGCAGUUACUCAUUAUUCAUGAAAGCAAUCAUGACAGAGAAAGGAAUUUCCGUUGUGAUAUUUGUAACAGCAGUUUUUACUGUAAAGGUGACUUAAGUAAACAUCAUGCUGUACACAUUAAAGACAAGCCAUUUUCAUGCAUUAUAUGCAAAAAGUGUUUUUCUCGGAAAAAUCUGCUUAGAAGACAUGAAAAUAUUCAUAAGGAAGAGAAAAAAUUUUCUUGCAAGAAAUGUACCAAACAAUUUUUCUUCAAAGAGCAACUCAAAUUGCAUCAAAAGGUGCACAGGAUAUCUAAAAAAUUUUCCUGUAAGAUUUGUAGAAAAGCAUUAUCAUCAAAGCGUUCUCUAGUGCGGCAUGAGGCUCAGCAUGCAGGAAAGGCUCAAUUUGCAUGUGAUUACUGUAAAAAAACUCUCUCUUCGAGUGCAGAACUUGCAAGGCAUCUUGUCUCCCAUGCAGGAAGCAAACCGUACCCAUGCAAAAUUUGUGGAAAAUCAUUUUCACUGAGUCACCAUCUAACAAGGCACUUUCGAAGUCAUGCAAGGGAUGAAAUUUUCACUUGCAAUGAAUGUCAAAAGACUUAUGCACGCAAGGAGUCUUUAGAAAUCCAUUUGCGAGGCCAUACUGGUGAACGACCUUAUGUUUGCCGCCUUUGCCAGAAAGGAUAUUAUUCCAGCACACAACUUAGUCGCCAUAUGAAGAUACAUGCUGGUGUAAAAAAUUUUACGUGUGACCACUGUGGAAGUUCGUUCAUUAGAAAGGACCAGAUGAAAAAACACAUAAAGAGUCAUAUGUACUGAAUUUCCUGUAAGGGGACAUGAUGUCGUAAAAUAAAAUUAUGUGCAAGCAAAAAUAACUUAAGUAGCCCAAUUGUGAGCUUCUGCUGUUAUAGUUAAUUAGUAUAUUACGCUUUUCCAUGUUGCUGUUUACACAUUUUAUAUCUGUUACAUGAUUAUGUAUUUUCAUGUUAUUUAUUAUGGGUGUCUGUUGUUAAUAAAGAUGGGCAUCCAUCUGUAAGCAGUUUUUCUGAUGUGCUUAACUGGAAAUCAUGUGGUGGAAUUCAAAAUAUACACCAUCACACAAAAAAUGUAACACUUUACUCUGUAUGUGCCGGCACACUUGCAUCAAUGCAAGUGACAAGUCAAAUGUCUGUUAGAUGUUUUUCUACGGUGAAUAUUUGUGAAUCCAAAACUUCAUGUUAGUUGUGUGACAUACUUUAUCUUUACCUGAUACUGUGUUUAUUAGGAAGCAGUAAAUCUAUAUAUUGUGAAACCCCCCAUUGACAUUGUGAUAUGUGAAUGUUUUGUUUUCCAGCUGCAUGUGUGAGGAAUUGUUUUGCAGCCACAGUGCCAGGGAAGCCUAAGGAUUUAUACUUUACUUUCUUGUUGCCAUCAGAUAGUUUUAUCUGCUGUUUUCCAAUGUCUCAGGCUGUUUUCUCAUAACAUACAGUACAAUUUGGUGGUUUUGUUGGCAUUUGUAUAUUAUAUAGGUGGUGGCUGAAAAGUGAUAAUGGUGUCCCAAAUUCACAAGCUGUAAUAGUAUUUCGAAUUCAUAACAUUGAGUUCCCUGUUUAAUAUUAUUUCUUAAUGCUUGUAGUUACUUGUGCAGCACAAAAUUCAGUCGUUUCCAGCAACUGACAACAAAAUGUUCACAAGAUUAACAUGAUCUUCCUUUGCACGUGCACACAUCACCAUUUUCCUCUAAUUUACCCCCUUUAUUUUCCUCUCCUUUCCUUACCCUUUCAGCCCUUGCACUGUGUUAGUGAUAGUACUUUGUGUGUGUGUGUUUUGUUUGACUAAGAUUUGAACUUAAUCACUUGUACAAAAUCUUAUCUGAAAGAAAGAAGGAAAGCAAGCAAAAGCUUAAAAGGAUAAUGAAUUUCUGAGUGAGGCUGAUGUAGUAUUGAAUGAAUUUUUGUUCCUGACUAUUAAUGUUGAAAUUUUUGUAACAAUGUGAAAAACCAGACAUUUUUGCUGCGCACAAAAGGGGAAAUACAUCUGUUGUAAAAAGUUAAUCUGCUUCUAUUACUCUGUAUACAAAAUUACUUUGAAAAAUCAUGCUAGUGGUUUUAUGUUUUAUUUCUUCAAGCAUUUGUUACUUGUGGUAUUCAAUGUUAGUAGUUGGUCAGUGGCUUAAAGGGCAUCUGUAUUAUUUAGCACUGAAAACAGUAAUGGCAUUUGGAAAGAUUGAAAUGUGAUGUAGUAAGUUUGUAUCCUGUUUCAUCAAUCGGCAUAUAACUGAGUAACUCUGGACUAUCCAGAGAGCUUUGCUUAGUGGUAUGUUGACAAGUAAGGCAAAAAGUAAUCUCAAGCCUUGCUUCAGUGUAAAAAUUGCUAGACAUUGCCACAUUGUAAUUUUAAAUAUCCUCUGUAAAUGAGAAGUUUCCUGUAAAACCAAAUUGGUCAUUUUUUUUCAAUUUCAACAUUUUGUUGACACAGGAGCAGCAACAUUUUAAAUAUUUCAUGAAGUGUUUAACAAUUUGUCAAAGUUGGAGCACAUAAGUUCGGCAACUAGUUUUGAACUAGCUGGUUCAUUCUCAAGCCUGGCUUACUGAGGCUGCUCUGAAAGUGCCUGAUGUUGUUUCAUCCACCCUCAACAACAGUAGUUCUAUAUAAUAAAAUAAGAAGUAACUAGCUGCACAAAAUAAAUUAAGUUUCUUUACUGGUUUUGGGCACUUGGAGCCCUUCCGCAGAAGGCUGUACCUAUCACAUUGAGUGUCAACAAUAAUAUGCAUAAAAUGCCAUGGUCAUGUCCUUCAUUUUGUACAAGCACUAUGAGCCACAUGACCAUGGUAUUUUGCUGUAUGCCUCUUAUUGUUGACACAAAUAAUGCAAUAUGUAUAAACUUCUGAAGAAGGGCACUAAGUGCCUGAAGUCAGUAAAGAAAUUAAAUUUCUUUUAUGACACUGGUUGAUUAUGAUUUCGUUUUGGCUCAUGUUAAUAACAACCAUCAAAAUGGCAAUACAUACUUUAUUAAAUGUUCACAGAUGAUGGUUGCAAUAAACAUGUGCCACCUUAAGUCAGAAUCAAACUUGUGCAGUGUAGCCUCAAAAAAGAGCCAGCUAAUUUGAAACUAGUUGCCAAACACAUGUACUGCAUCUGUGACAGGUUAUUAAUAAAUGUUUAAUGAAAUGGUCAUUUGUAUUUGUGGUAAGUAGCAUUUUUAAUU